AAACCCUAACCACUUUCACGGAACCUCUUCAUCUUCGUCUCUCUGUCUUUUUUCUUCUCUCAACGCCGUUGAUUCGCCAUCGUCGCUACCGAUUGUCUUGAGGUUUACGACUUUUGGACUAAUCUCCUCUGUGGAGAGCAAUGACUAAAACUCGUGGGACUGAUGUAAGUUUUGAUUUCCACUGUUAACUUUUUAUCAUCUAAUAUUUUGUUAAUCUGCCAUUGUAAGUCUUGAUUCUAUAGUUUUUAUGAAACUUGGACUAUGAGUCCUUAGUUUAUUAUUUGUCAUUUCUCCAAAAGGGCUUUUUUCUGAUUGUGAUUGGUUUUGGUUAUUGUUGUAGAUGACAAAGAAAAAGGGUAAACAUGUUUCUGAAAUGGAUUUCAAGACUCAUCAGCAUACUGAAUUUUUCGAUAAGUUGAUAGAGCUCACGCCUGCUAGAUUCUACUUACCUGAUGAGACAGAAAGGAAAUGGUAUCCAGGUCUUAGCAAGGCUCAAAAAGCUAGAGCCAAGAAAAAAACAAAUGACAACCUAAAGAAGGCGAAGAGAGAUAAGUUGGACCCAGAGAAGUCUGCUUUGACGACUCUCGAUUUACUGAAGGAGAAGAUAGAGAAGGAAAGAUUGGCUUCACAGAAGCAGAAGCUUAAGAAGAAACACGCGGAUUUACGGGAGCAGAAGCUAGAGCAGGAAAAAUCAGGUACUGAGCUUCCUGAUGAUGACAGUAAGAAGGAAACAGAUAACAACAGACUAAAUGAUGAUGACAGUAAGGAGGAAACAGAUAAUAACAGACAAAAGGAUGAUCGAUCUGUUACGUACGAAGAGCUAAGGGAACGCCUCCACCGCAAAAUUGAUGAGCUCAAAGGUGGUCGUGGAGGUUCAGAUAGACCAAGAAGCAAUGAAAGAAGGAAGAAGAAUCUGCCAAAUAAGAGAAAGAGGGAUACAGUUUCUGAGGAGAAGACUGUGGAGGAGAUUAAGUCAGCAGAUAAAGGUAAGGGUAAGUUGGAUGUGGAGGAGGCUGCUAAGGACCUUACAUUUGGUUAUGUCAAGAUUGAUGACGAUGAAGAACACGGAAAAGAGAAAAAGAAACGAAGGCUUUCAAAGGCAAGAGAACUUGAAAGGGCUAUGAAGUUAGAGGCUGCAAAGAAGGAUCCAGAAAAAGGUGAUGUAAUUGCAAAGAAGCACUCAUGGAAGGCAGCUACAAGCAGAGCAGCUGGUAUCAAGGUUCAUGAUGACCCAAAGCUAUUGAAGCAAAGCAUCCACAAAGACAAAAAGAGGCAAGAGAAGAACGCAGAGAAGUGGAAAGAGAGAAUUGAAGGGCAACAAAAGUUCAAGGUGGAGAAGCAGCAAAAGAGAUCAGGGAAUAUUGCCGAUAGGAUUGAACAGAAUAAGAUGCGCAAAAUCGCCAAGAGAGAGAAAAAGCUCCUGCGUCCUGGCUUUGAAGGCCGCAAAGAAGGGUUUAUCAAUGAAGGUGGAAACUAGAAUUCAAGUCUUCCACACGCCUUUUGUGUUCCAACAUUUCAACGAUGUGAUCCUCACAAAGGCUGUGAAGAGGGUUUUUGCACAUCUGAAAUCGAAAAACAUAUUUUGGGAAUUUUCAUCUAGUCAAGUCCCUAGCAAUAUUUGUUAUCUUCUUGUUCGUUUUACUUUGCAGUUUGUAGACUUUUCAGAUGUUCCAUUUGCUACUCAAUGUGUUGUUCCUUACAGUGAAUGCUCUUAUCAGGCAGGUUUUAGAUAAA